AGCGGGCAGAACAUCAGCUCUUUUUGGCCCUGACGCCACAGGAGGAUCCGCUGCUCUGACUGAAAUGUCAACCAGCGGGCCGGACAGCAGGUGGAGCGUGAAGCCGCGUGGGCUGUGAGCGCAGCGGGAAGCCCCCAUCAGCCUCGAGCCUCGGUGCCGCUGCGCAGAGCGCGCGCUCGGACCUGCAGCAGCAGCGGCGGCGCAGCAGCGCAGCAUGGCGGGGCGCUCCCGGCUCCCCUUGGUGUCCGUCGCGCUGCUGGUCUUCUCAGUCGUCGUCAUUUUGCUACUCGCCGUCCCUGUGCAGGACGUCCAGCAGGCGCCGGGGUUCAUGUACGGGAUCGUCCUGGACGCCGGAUCCUCACACACGGCUUUGUUCAUCUAUAGAUGGCCUGCAGACAAGCAGAACGGCACGGGCGUGGUCACACAGCACGCCGAGUGCCAUGUGAAGGGUAAUGGCAUUUCCAGCUAUGCAGGCCAAAAGGGGGAGGCAGGGAAGAGUCUGGUGGAAUGUCUGGACCAGGCAGUCAGAGAUAUUCCCAAAGACAAGCACCAGCUCACACCUGUGUACCUGGGAGCCACAGCAGGCAUGAGGCUGUUGAAUAAAUCCAACCCGCAGCUGUCGGAUCAGAUUCUGAAGGAAGUGGGAGACAAAAUCAAGUCCUACCCUUUCAAGUUCAAAGGCGCCACCAUACUGAGCGGUCAGGAUGAAGGGGCGUACGGCUGGGUCACAGUCAACUAUCUCUUAGAGAACUUCAUCAAGUAUGGAUUUGUUGGACGGUGGAUGAGCCCCGGCAGAACCACAGUGGGAGCCCUUGACUUAGGGGGGGCGUCUACACAGAUAACCUUUGCCACACAGGAGCUAGUGGAGGAAAAACGAAACUCGAUGAAGAUGCUCCUUUAUGGACAGACGUACUCCCUGUACACACACAGCUUCCUCUGCUACGGGAUCAACCAGGUCUACAUGAGAAUGCUGGCUCAUGUUGUGAAGUCUCAGGGUUACAUGCAGUCUGUGACUAACCCAUGUUACCCUGCCGACGUCAACAGCACGCUGAAAAUGGACGACGUCUUUGGCUCUCCUUGCACAGAGGAGCACAAACCAAAACCCUACAACCCAGACGCUACCCUGACCGUCAAAGGCAGCGGAAACUAUCAGCAGUGUGAGGAGAACAUGUCUAACCUGUUCUCCUUCAAGGACUGUCCAUACUCGCAGUGUUCAUUCAACGGAAUCUUCCAGCCAAAUAUCACCGGGAACUUCAUGGCGUUCUCUACCUUCUUCUACGUUCACUCGUUCCUGCAGAAAUUGACAGGAAAGCCGGUGAACUCGCCGCAGCAGCUGCAGGAGGCGACACAAACAGCGUGCAGCAUGACUUUAAGUCAAAUGUCAAGUCUGGUUCCAGACAUGAGCCGUUAUAUGAAGAACUACUGCACUGCCUCCGUGUUCAUGAAGACACUCAUGCUGAAGGGAUACGCCUUCGACAACUCAACAUUCCCACAAAUCUCCUUUCAGAAAAAGGCGGGGGACACCUCGGUGGGGUGGGCUCUGGGUUACAUGCUCACCUUGAGUAACCUGCUGCCUGCAGAGAGAGGGAGUCUGAGGAAGGCCCUGACCCCAGGCGUGUGGGGGACGCUCAUCUUUCUCUUCGCCUUGCUCCUCGCCGCAGCUCUGGGUUUCCUUUUGUACCAAGCUCUUUCUAAGAGGAAGGAUGACGAUGAGGGCGCCAUCUGAACAGUGCUCUCUGGGAAGAGAAAUCCAGUGUUCAAACAAUUUAGUUUGAUGUCAAAUUGACUGAAAAAAACACAUUUUUGGCUUGGUAUUCAUGAUAGUAGCAUAUUUUCCUGUGUGUCCUCAAACUGUGACCAAAACAACUUUAAAUGACUGCACUGUAACAACAGUCCAAUCUAAAACUAAAGCACGACUUCAUCCAUGGCUGAUCUGAUCGAUGCACAGUAGAGUGAAAGAGAAAAAAGGAAUAGUUUUACAAUUGUUUGAAUAAAGUGUGCUGAAGGACAUUUUUAAAUAAUUUUAAACAGCUCAACUGCUUUCAAUUAUGUGUUUUUUUUUCAUUCCAUCCUGACGGGAAGUGAAAAAACAGUCCAGCUCAUUUUAGAUUUUUGUGAAGAUAUUUCUCUGUUGCAAUAAAGAAAAAAGAUUGUUUUUCAUCUUAGCUAUUAUUCACCAGUUAAAUUCUUUUUGUACACUUUUUCUAUGGAAAUCGAUUUUUUUAAUCUGCACCUGAUUCACAACAAUU